AUGGUCGAUGGCGACGGCCACGGUGACGGCAACAGAGACGGCGCCGCGCGCGUAUGGAUUGUCGGGCAGAUCUCUCUCACCUGGGACCCCCAUGCCCUCCUCACCGCGUUCGGCCGCGGCGGCUCCCUCGCACAACGUUCAACGUACAUAUGCGGGUCAAUGAUGCGCACAGGGUUUCCCUUUUGCCCAGUCGCCAGCGCAGCCAAUGGCCGUCGCGCCUUCAGCAUAGCACACAGCGAUCAGCCCGCGCUGAGAAAUUUCUACCAGUUCGCCGUGACGGCCGAGGUGGAGACAUGUCAGAUCAGCUAUCUGCAGGCCCGAUUUCGAUUUGAACCCGUCGCCCUUUAG